CAAUAAAACCCUCAAGGGCCAUUACACCAAACCAGAGCAACUUCUUGAGAGAGAAGGGAAAGAGAUAGAGAGAGAGAGAGAGUUUUGAAGAUGGUGAACUUCGUGGAAGCACAGAAGCCUCUUCUCCAUGCUCUCGUCAGGCUGGCAGGUCUUCGGCAGCUCACGGUGGAGAUCCACCCAGGCACCUUUAUGAGCUUCUGGGUACCCAAAGACAAGAUCCCCAAAAAGAGCACCAAUAAAGAAAUCGUCCCAGUGGGAAAGACCAGCGACGUCAACAAAAACAAAAAGAAGGGGGAAGGGAAGAAAGAGAAGCCAGCAGUGGUGCUCGUGCAUGGCUUCGCCGCAGAGGGGAUCGUCACGUGGCAGUUCCAGGUGGGAGCUCUGACCAAGCUCUACUCAGUCUAUAUCCCUGACUUGCUCUUCUUCGGGGCUUCCAGCACAACGGCAGCUGAUCGAUCACCGGAGUUUCAAGCCGACUGCCUCGCCGUAGCGCUGGACCAGCUUGGAGUGCAGAGAUGCACGGUUGUGGGGUUCAGUUAUGGGGGAAUGGUGGCUUGUAAGAUGGCGGAGGCAAGACCGGACCUCGUAAAUUCGAUGGUGGUUUCGGGUUCUGUUACUGCUAUGACUGAUUCGAUCAGUGCGGAGACGAUGGAGCGGUUGGGAUUCUCAUCGUCAAAAGAGCUGUUGUUGCCGGAGUCUGUGAAAGGGUUGAAGGCGCUUUUGAAGGUGGCGACCUAUAAGAAGCUCUGGUUCCCGGAUUUUUUACACCGGGAUUACCUCAAGGUCAUGUUCACGAAUAGGACCGAGCGUGCGGAGCUGCUGGAGGGUCUUGUCAGAAGCAACAAGGACGCCCAAGUCCCAGUUUUGCAUCAGAGAAUACUUCUUCUGUGGGGAGAAAAUGACAAUAUCUUCAAUCUGGAGCUCGCCAAGAACAUGAAAGAGUAAGCAAUGGCGCCGGCUCUGUUUCUCCUAUUCUAUAAAUAAAUAAAUAAAAUACUGGCUCAAUUGAGAUAACUUGAAUCUACAUAAUUUUAUGCAUAGUAAUCAAAUAAUUUUUAUAUUAUACUCAUCUUUUAAACAAAAAAGAAAAUCAAUUUCAAGAUUUUAUCAUAGCUAAAUUUUAAGUAGGAUGUUUAGAUCCAAAUAUAGGAUAAAAUUCCCAAAAAAAAAAAAAAAAAAA